GUUGUUUCAAUGUUCGCGAGUUGUUUUUUUUUAAUACUUUUUUUAUCAUAAAUGACAUUUUAUCUUCUAUACUGUUGGUUAUUCAGGGGCAAGACUGUUGAACUGUGGUAUUUCUAAUAGUGAUUUGUUGAACUUUGGUAUUUCUAAUGGUAAUUUGUUGAACUGUGGUAUUUCUAAUAGUGAUUUGUUGAACUGUGGUAUUUCUAAUAGUGAUUUGUUGAACUGUGGUAUUUCUAAUAGUGAUUUGUUGAACUGUGGUAUUUCUAAUGGUAAUUUGUUGAACUGUGGUAUUUCUAAUAGUGAUUUGUUGAACUGUGGUAUUUCUAAUGGUAAUUUGUUGAACUGUGGUAUUUCUAAUAGUGAUUUGUUGAACUGUGGUAUUUCUAAUGGUAAUUUGUUGAACUGUGGUAUUUCUAAUAGUGAUUUGUUGAACUUUGGUGUUUCUAAUGGUAAUUUGUUGAACUGUGGUAUUUCUAAUGAUAAUUUGUUGAACUGUGGUAUUUCUAAUGGUGAUUUGUUGAACUGUGGUAUUUUUAUUGGAGAUUUGUUGAACUGUGGUAAUCCUAUUGGUGCUCAACUAGAAAUGAUGUUGUGUUUAAUUGUCUCUGCUGUUUAUUUACACCUGUCGAAAUAUGGAGCUAGUUGAAGGACAUCUUUAGAAACGUGUUUAACAUUUUGUUUUGAAUAUGAAGUAUAUGAGUAAAGUAGUUAUCCACUUGGGUGUGUACUUCAUCGUACUUUGGUGUGUUUAUUGGUGCCUUAUAGGUCAAAUAAUGGAGGGGCAGGAUAUAAAUAGACACGAACGUCAUAAUGGACCGGGACGGGAGAGUCAGGGUGAAAAUACAGGGGAAAGUCGGGAUAAAAAUACAGGGGAAAGUCGGGACAGAAAUAUAGGAGAAAGUCAAGAUAAAAAUAUAGGGGAUGGUCAGGAUAAACACACAGAGAAAACUCAGGAUAAAAAUAGAGAGGAAAGUGAAGAUAAAAACAACGAAACUUCAGCGUUGCUAGAAAACAGGUUAACACCAGCCCAACAAAUGCUUGGAGGAGUUGCUGUUCAGUACAAAGUUGGUGUUGCAGAUUGUCGUGAGGCCUUCUCCAGGCAAUUUGAUUUUAACGAAGUUAACCUUUUGAAUAGUAAACUUUCAGGUUCGUACUUGGGCAACAAAUUUUACAAACAGGCCACGAAAAAUUGUUCGUAUUUUAUACAAUCUCGAGGUUAUAUAACCCAUCAUUUAUCAGAAGAUGAACGGAAUUUCCCGAUUGCUUAUUCUAUUUUGGUUUUCAAAAACGCCGAAAUGGCGGAGAGGCUUCUCCGGGCUAUUUAUAGACCGCAGAAUUACUACUGCAUCCACGUUGAUAAAAAGUCCCCUCGUCCGUUUUACGAGGCGAUGGUUGGUAUAGCCGGUUGUUUUAGUAACGUUUUCUUGACGGCCAGAAGAGUGGAUGUGCGCUGGGGGACGUACAGUGUGCUGGAGCCGGAGCUGCUGUGUAUGCAGGAGCUGUGGAGGUUCAGGAGCUGGAGGUACUUCAUCAACCUGACGGGGCAGGAGUUCCCGCUCAGGACAAACUACGAGCUGGUCAAGAUCCUGCGGGCGUUGAAUGGGAGUAAUGACGUCACGGGCUCGCUGAAACACAACUUCACCAAGCGAUGGAGGGGUACUAAACCACCACAUGGUAUUCGUCCAGUCAAGGGCUCGGUACAUAUAACUGUAAACAGACAUUUUGUUGACUAUAUCCUCCACAACGAGACAGCCCGAGACCUGCUCAACUGGACCAGACACACGGACCUGCCGGACGAGACGUUCUUUGCUACACUCAACUUCAACCCCCAGCUGGGCAUUAGGGGAACUUUCAAUGGUGAUCCAGAGACCCGGUCCUACAUCAGCCGCUACAAGAUCUGGUACAGCAACACAGCAAGAUGUGCCUGGCGGUUUGUCAGGAGAGUCUGUGUUCUUACUACGGGUGAUCUGCCACUUCUAGAACAUUCCAAGCAUCUGUUCGCCAACAAAUUUUAUCUCCACACUGACCGGCUGGUCAUCGGCUGUCUGGAGGAGAAGUUGUUCAACACGUCACGUGAUCAGGCUCUGGGACUCCUGGAGUUUGAUGCAGGGUACUACAGGAGGUUACAGUCUGUCAUUAGUCAAGUUGUUUGACUGUCAUAAGUAACGUUGUUUGAUU